CCUCUGUCUGUUCAGUAACUUUCACUUUCCAUUCCUCAGAAAUCCCGUCUGCCAGCCAGUACUUCACAUCUCUCAGACACGAUGGCAGAAGCUAUGCACAUCAGCUCUCCAGAUCUAUUGACUUGCUCCAUCUGUCUGGAGGUCCUUAAUGAACCUGUUUGUAUCCCCUGCGGUCACAACUACUGCAUGUUUUGCAUCAACAAAUACUGGGAAACGGCGGAGAGGUUCAGUUGUCCUCAGUGUAGAGAAAUCUUUCCUUCAAAACCAAAGCUCAGUAAAAACAUCACUGUGGCUAACAUUGUGGAGGAAUUGAAGACAAGCAGACACGGCAACCCGACCUCUCAGAUGGGGGAUGAACUUCCAGAGGCAGAGUGCGAUUUGUGUACCUGGAAAAAAUUGAGAGCGGUGAAGUUCUGCGUCAGCUGUAAGGUCUACCUAUGUGGGCCUCACAUCCAGAAUCACAAGGCUGACGGAGCUCAGAGGAGACACAAGUUGGUCAGACCUUCUCGUAAUCGGCAGAACACGAUGUGCUUAAAGCACCAGAAACGCCUGGAUGUCUUCUGCCUAACCGAUCAGAUAUGUGUGUGCCAACAGUGUGCAACCACUGAACACAAGAAGCAUGUGAUAAUGGAUCUGGAGAGGGCGAGAGCAGAGAAACAGAUUCAGCUGGGAAUAGCACUUUGCCAGAUUAGAUUGGAAACCCAAGAUCUAAGCAUGAAGUUGAAGAAGAUGCAAGAAAACUCUGACUCUGUUCAGUUUUUGGCAGAAAGAGAGAUGGGAAAAUGUAAGGACAGCUUCAAAGAACUACUAGAAGCCACUGAGAAAACCCAAAUGAAAGUGAUGGACCAGAUUAAAGAGCAAAAGAAUACCAACGUGUGGAAGGCCGAUAGGCUAAUGAGGCAAAUGAAGGAGGAACUUGAGGAAGUGAAUAAGAGGGAAGCCAAACUGACCCAGCUUUCGGAGAUACACAACCACAUCCAGUUCCUCCAGAGCUUUCCGUUUCUUCACAUUUCGUCACAAGAAACGAAAGAUUUCAGCAUCACGAUCGAUGACAACUUCUCAUUUGAGAAUCUGAGGCUGGAGGUGUCAUCUAUGAAGGAGAGAGUGGAUGAGCUGAGCAAGUGGAAUUUCAGAAGACCCACUGAGAAAGCACCUGAAGCUCCUAUUUCUAAUGUUCCAUCUCCAAUACCGAGUCCCAGAGAUGCCCUUCUUCCAUCACCAGAAGCUCCUAUUUCUAAUGUUCCAGCUCCAAAACUGAGUUCCAGAGAUGCCCUUCUUCCAUAUGCCUGUUCUCUCACUCUGAACCCCAACACGGCCAAUAAAAAUCUUUACCUGUUUAAAGGAAACAGGGAGGUGACGUGCAUUAAAAUGAGAAGGACUGUGCCUGCCCACCCUGCCAGAUUUGACAACGUCUUUCAAGUUCUCUGCUCAGAGGGUCUUUUUGGCUCUCGCUUUUAUUGGGAGGUGGAGAGAUGUGGAGAAGGAGCAGUUAUAGGUGUUACGUAUUUUGGUAUUGAUAGGAAAGGCAAAGAUGCAAGUUGUAUCAUCGGGCACAAUGACAAGUCCUGGAGUUUGUUCUGCUCAGAUUCUUCUUGCGCUGCGUAUCACAAUGAUCAAGAAGUUGUACUAAAUGUCGCGUCUAGUCAUCGAAUCGGGGUGUACCUAGACUGGCCAGCUAACUGUCUGUCAUUUUAUAGCAUCUCACAGCAGACGAGCUUACUGCACAGAUUCAGGACCAAUUUCACAGGGCCGCUGUAUCCUGCUUUUUCUCUCUAUCCAGAUUCCCAUGUAAGGAUCGUUCAGGUAGAUUCGCCUUUUUGUUGAGGAUGCCCUAGAACACUAUAGGGUGGUCCAGAUCUAACUAUACAACAUUUAAUGCAAUGCAAUGCAAUAAUUGCAUAAUUAGAUCUGGACAAACCUGUAUUGACUGUUUGCACUGGUCGUCUAAAGCCCUUAAAUUUUCCUUGCACAUGCAAACCAUUGUAAACUGGUCACCAUCACCUUCAUUCCAGCGAGGAAACAUAUAAGACAAAACUUUCCCUCUUUUCUUUAGCUUGGCAUGUAAGAUGUAUGGCUGCAGUCCCCCUUCACUGACAAUUAUCCCUAAACUUAAAGGAUAAGUUUGUGAAGAAAUAACUUUGAUUUGAAAAAUAUCAAUCAUGGUGCCAUAUAAAAUUGUGUUCUUUUUAUAAAUUUUAAAAGCAAAUUUAAGGCAUAAGGGUACAAGGGUCCAAACAUGAAAAAAAAAAGGUGUAAACUUAUUAAGUAUGUCCAUUACGUUGCACUAUCGGAGAUUAAUUUGCAUCUUGUGAUUGCACAAAUAUUGUAAAAUAGUGUAUCCACAUCACUUUAGAAAGGAAUAACAAAGUAAGUAAGCUAUCUGUGAAAUGCUGCCAUUUUAAAAGAAAAC